GGGGGCCGUGAGAUGAUUUACAGCCACGGAAACGGUUGUCAGGGCCAACCACUAAAUAACAGACCCCCUGACUCCUGAUGGCCAAAUCAGGGCAGUGAUUAUAACAUAUGAAGAAUAGACGGCACUUGGGACAAGUUCAUGAACACUGGACAAAGACGUGAUCAGGUGCAGGAGACAUUACUAGAUCCAGGGGUGAUGUGAGACCCCAUAGCUGCUUCGAGUGGAUGGUGUACAAUGCUGGGACUGAGGACUUUCUGGAAGAACAUAAUGACACGAGGUUUCCCGCAGGAGUCGUUUUAUGACAGAAAACCCGCAAACCUUCCGGGGACACCAUGACCCACAAUGAUUAUACAGCAGCCAACUUCAGAGCCUCAGUUGCUGUUUAUUGUGGCAGUGUUCCCAAAAUGAAGCCCGGGUACAUGUCUCUCCGAAAUGGCAAUGUCGACAACAACCUACAGCUGUACGGGAACCGAUGGGGGGCGGCUGACACAGCCGCUCUUCAGUCCACAUUAAGCCUGCAGGUGAAGAGGCCGUACAUGUGGAGGGGAGAUGAUCUGCAGCCUGAGAUUUUGGAUACUGAACAGAAAAAUGAAUCCCUUCACCUAAAACUGAACAAUCCGAGUAAUAAGAACCACAGGGAGGAAGAGGUGGACAGUGCGGCCCUGGAGACAGCCCGGCUGAAGGACAAGCUCAAGAGGAAGAUGUCUGAAAGUUCUAGCGCCAGAGGGGCUCCGUCCGAGCUGAUAAGUUCCCUGAACGCCCCCCUGAAGCCUGCAGUUCCCAGGAGCGCCUCCCAGAGGUUAAUGAAUGUGACGAAACCUGUACCCCCCAUACGGAGGAGCCCCACUCUUCAGAGCAACGCAGCAGAGAGCGGCACGCCGAGGAACCGGACAGAGAACGGGGACGGAAGGAGAGCGGAAGACGCCUCAUACAUAGAGUCUCUACAACUCGUGCCUCUAGUUGGGGUUGUGAUUCCUCCUAUAACCAAAUCAUCCGCCUUUCCCACAGAGCCGCCUGAGAAUGGCUUCAUUAAAAGCAGUACUCCGGGGGAUGAGGGCAAAUCCAGCAGCUCUAUAGACACUGAUCAAACAGACACCCGUGCCAUGAAUGCCAUGGAAACCAACUUGGAACUGGUCUCUUUAAAACCGAUCCCGUCGUCUGCAGCCAAAGACCCUGACGCCGUUCCCACUCCCCCAAUUAUCUUUACUAUAUCCAAGUCUGCGCAAGACAAGAUGAGACAAAAGCAGCAGGAGAUAGAAAAUAUUCAUAAUGAAAAAAGAAGGAGCCAAAAGCAAUUGUGGGAUCGGCUACAAGGAGUGGAUUCUGGAGGUCAGUGUAAGGACGAGACAUGGACCGUGACCUCAUUCAGUCUUAGUGGGGUUAGCACAGUGCCUCUAGUUUCAGAGAAGAGACCAGGAGUACAGAAUAUAAGCUUGAAUAAAUGGGUGAGUCGCCCGUCUCUGCCCAGUAUCCCCACUGUGAACCAGGAUGCCAACAGUGAUUUUCGCCACUCAUCAGCAUAUUCUUUACCUGCCACCUUCCUGGACUGCUCUGACUGGGACUCCGAUUCUGACAAUGGUGGUCCGGGUACUGGUCCAAUGUCUCAUCCAGAGCAAGGGUUGUUGGAGGCUCUGAAGUGGCUCAAUCACAAAGACUGGGAGCAGAAGGAGAAGGGUCUGAUCAGUAUGAGGGGCCUGGUGUCCUGGCAUCCCGAGGUCCUAUUCUCCAGACUUCAUGACGUCAGUAUAGCAGUGACCAGAGAGGUCAGCAAUCUGCGGUCCAAAGUCUCCCGUCACGCCAUCAAAACCCUGGGCGACCUGUUCAAAGCCCUCCGAAGAAAUAUGGACCAAGAAGUAGAAGAGAUCACCCGGGUCCUGCUCCACAAGAUCGGGGAUUCCAAUGAUUUCAUUCGAGAGGAGUCAGACAAGUCUCUGGGAGUCAUGGUGGAAUACGUCAGCCCAUCCAAGGUCCUUUCUGCUCUGAUUGCCGGGGGCAUAAGCCACCGGAACAGCGCGGUGAGAAAGUGCGCGGCGAAGCAUCUCAUGGCCGUGGUGGAACAGUUGGCGGGCGACAAACUCCUGUCGGGGCCCCGGGAGAGCACAGACGCCUUUCUCAGGACCCUCGUAAAACUGAUGCAGGACGGGCAGCAAGACACCAGGUUCUAUGGGAGGCGGAUGUUCAGCUUAGUGAUGACGCACCCUAAAUUCGAACAGCAGAUGGAACGCUUGAUCCCGUCACAUGACCUGCGGGAACUUAUCGUCACGGUUAAACAGAAGGAAGCGAGUGACAGCGUUUCAGACGUUCCAUCCGCCAGGAGUCAGCGGCCUCUGCAGAAGAGCAGCGUCCUGGCGAGUGCGGACGCGAGAGACCAGGAGACUCCGGAAUCAGACCACAGAGUAAGCCGGCCCGUAGAGGUGGAAUCAGAACCUCAAGAGUCCCCGGUCCCUCGGCGGCAGCCUGUCCGUGUGGCAGAGGCCACGGAGCAAGUAAAGGAGCUCAUCAAACUACUGACAGCCAAGGAAUAUCAGAGCAAAAUGGACGGCGUGACGCUUCUGCUGGAGCACUGCAAGAGCAACGUCAAGCUAGUCACUUCCAACAUUACCCAAAUUUUUGAUGCCUUUAACCCCAGGCUGCAGGAUGCCAACAAGAAGGUGAACCAGUAUGCGCUGGAGUCGGCUGCUGUCAUGGUCCCGCUCCUCAAGGACAGCCUGCACCACGUCUUAGUCCCUAUGGUGACCGUAAUCACAGACAACCUGAACUCCAAGCACUCCGGGAUCUACACGGCUGCAGUCAGGGUUCUGGACACGCUGAUCUCCAGUAUAGAUAAUUUGUGGCUUUUGCAGCCAUUUGCCGGCAGAGUCCGUUUUAUCAGCGGCCGCGCCUUGAAUGAUGUGACCGAGCGAUUGUCAGGCCUGGUGACCUCUGUCUACCCCCGGAAGCCUCAGGCGGUGGAGCGCCACGUCUUACCGGUGCUGUGGUAUUUCUUAUCGAAUAUCACCGGGAAUGGAGUCCUGCCUGGACGGAAUGGGAAUUUUAAGGACGUGGUCACCAAACUGACUAGAAGCCUGCACAAAGUGAUGGGGCCCAGCCUUGAGGAGUACGCCUCCGCUCAGUCGCAGCACGCCGUCAGGAUGUUGGCUGACAUUCUGGGCACCAAGUGAAGAAAUGGAUUUAUUUUUCAUGAACUUUGUGCCCCUUAUUAAAGUGCGAGGAGGAGAUGGAACGGGCGUGCCAGAGAUUGGGCCUCAUGUAUCAAACCUCCUGAAACCCCAUCUUCUGGACAGUUCUCAGCUACACCCCCAAUUCACUCAGAAAUGGCCACAAAAAUUUCCCUAAAACGCCUACAAAAAUUUCCCAAAACGCCCCCUUUGGGGCAUAUUUAUAUAAAAACCACCCCUUAGAGGGUCAGUUGGAAGGAAGCUAGCGGCCAACUAGGCCAUUUGUGUGAAAUAUGGCCCAAUGUACUUAAUAUAAUUAAGGUGUAAAUUAUAUAUUUUGGACUUUGGCCCCAACCAUCACCCAAUAGUCCUUAUUCGUGGUACUGUCCUGCUAACGGGGACACAAAAAGGCGGAGUUUGUACUAAUUUGCAUUAAAGGGGCGUCUCCAUCGGAACUGGAUGGAGUUUAAAACGUUCUUAAUUUAGGAUUCAUAUAUUGGCUAGAGAAGCAUCAGAAUACGUUGUAUCUCAGGGGUCCGUCAUAGGAUUCCAUUAUUUAUUACUGCUUCAUCCAUUCGGAGGAUCCUUAAGACGAUAAAGUCUGCCUUCCAUAGUUUUAGCACCAGCUUGGCAUUUAAACAGUUAAAAACUACAUUUAUGUCCACUAGCUGCAGAUAUCGGACUUCAUGUGCCCUGUACUGCCUGUCAGCUACAUUGUUUCUUAUACUCUGCCUCUAGAGCUGCAUUCAUAAUUCUGUUUGUUUCCUUUAGGCCUCAUGCAUAUGGCCGUUGCGCGUCCAUUUCGUGCAUUGGGGACCGCAAUGCACAGGCAACGUCCGUGCCGCGGCAGGGAUGGAUUUUUUUUGCGGUUCGGAUGCAAGGACAGAAACACCACAGAAGCACUCCGCAGUGCUUCCUUGGGGUUCCGUGCUUCCGUUCCGCACUGCAGCUCCGGAUUGCGGACCCAUUCAAGUGAAUGGGUCCGCAUCUGUGAUUCGGGGAGCACAUGGCUGGUGCCUGUAUAUUGCGGACCCGCAAUACGGCCACGGCCUUGUGCAUUAGGCCUUAGACUGCAGGACUUCUCUCUGCCGCCACCUGGUGGUUCGGUGAUUUCCAAGAGCUGGCUUUGCUAUGAUGCAUUGUUGGAGACGUCAGGUGUAAAGCUACAUUUCCCACAUUGCAUUGCAGACUGGAAGGCAUUAUAGGAUCUCUGCUAGAUGCCCUUAUCUUGCCUGGAUUCUGGACAAUAUGUAGAACCCGCUGAUAAACCCGCUUGCUCUGAUUGAAUAUUUUUUGCGCUUCCUGCAAAUGUUCAGCUUCUAUCAGUGAUCGAUAAAUCUGUAAACGCUAAUUUAGGUGUAAUCUAGAUGAAGAGGGCUGUAUGUCCGCUCCGUAUGUACAUACUGUAUUAUGUGCCUUAGCAUUAAAUGCUAUUUUUAUA